AUGGACAAAAAGUCCUUUGAAACGGUGUUGGAUGAAAUUAGAAAGGCUGUUCUGACAGAGUACAAAUUAAAAGCAAUUGAAUAUGUGCAUGGAUAUUUCUCUAGUGAACAGGUGGUUGAUUUACUGAGAUAUUUCUCCUGGGCUGAACCUCAGUUAAAGGCAAUGAAAGCAUUACAACAUAAAAUGGUGGCUGUUCACCCAGCAGAAGUGGUCCAUAUUCUCAAUUGUUUCACCUUCAGUAAAGACAAGCUAGUUGCUCUUGAGCUGUUAGCUUCAAACAUUGUUGAUGCACAGAAUUCUCGUCCCAUUGAAGAUUUAUUCAGGAUAAAUAUGUCUGAGAAGAAACGGUGCAAAAGAGUACUUGAACAGGCUUUCAAGGGGGGCUGCAAAGCUCCUCAUGCCAUGAUAUCUUCUUGUGGAACAAUCCCAGGAAAUCCAUAUCCCAAAGGAAAACCUAGUCGCAUAAAUGGAAUUUUCCCAGGAACUCCCUUGAAAAAAGAUGGUGAAGAAUGUACUAAUGAAGGCAAAGGAAUAGCCGCACGGAUUCUUGGUCCAUCUAAACCGCCUCCUCCAACAUACAAUCCACAUAAGCCGGUCCCUUAUCCGAUACCUCCGUGCCGGCCACACGCAACUAUCGCACCAAGUGCUUAUAACAAUGCAGGUCUGGUACCAUUAGCCAACGUCAUAGCUCCGGGUGUCCCCCCUCCGCCUCCAUAUACUCCUAAUCCAGUAGGAACAGAAAAUGAAGACCUUUCCAGUCAGUCAAAACCUACACAGAAUCAAACAUUCUCUACCCCAGGAAGUCAACUCUUCUCUCCUCACGGUUCCAACCCUUCAACACCGGCUGCAACUCCAGUCCCCACCGCAUCCCCAGUCAAAGCAGUAAAUCAUCCGUCAGCACUGGCAGCUGCUACCGUUUCUGGGAUGAACAUGCCGAAUACUGUCCUCCCUGUGUUCCCCGGGCAGGUCUCCGCGGCCGUCCAUACUCCUCAGCCAGCAACGCCAAAUCCGACAGUCAUCCGAACCCCUUCCUUGCCUGCGGCGCCCGUUACUUCCGUCCACAGCACAACUGCGGCUCCCGUCCCGUCCGUUUUCUCUGGCCUGGUUCCCCUGCCGGGUCCCCCUGCACCUUCCGUCCCAACCCCACAGGCCACGUCCGCACCUCGGGCCGCUCCUGCUUCCAGCGAAACCUUCGCUUCUACGUCUGCCCCUUUCCCCGGCCUCCCCUUUGCUGCCACCUCUACCGCUGCUUCUACCAACAACCCGAAUUCCGCCUCUCUGUCCUCAGUGUUUGCGGGCCUCCCCUUGCCCUUAACACCCACAUCCCAAGGCGUGUCCAAACCUGCCCCUCCUGUACUUGCCGGCGGCUCUGCCCCCAGCGUGGCUUGUCCCCUCGGUGCAAACAGUCCUCUUCUGUCUGCUUUAAAAGGCUUUCUGACCUCAAAUGACACCAGUUUAAUCAACUCAUCCGCUCUGUCCUCUGCUGUUACAAGUGGGCUGGCUUCACUGUCUUCUCUGACUCACCCGAACCCUGACUCCCCCGCUCCAGGCCCCGGCAAGUGCUACGCCCCCUCGGCCGUGCCCGCCGCGCAGAGAUCGUCCACCCCCGGGUUGGCCAUGUUCCCGGGCCCGCCGGCUACCGUGGCCAACUCGGCCUCCACGCCAUCUACUUUGCCCGCGCAUUCUCCCCUGGUGACGCCGGCGUCGUGUCCCGCCUCCGUGCCGGUCAGCGGGGGCUCGUCGGCUCCGCUCUUGCAGGGCCCCCACCCGGGUAACUCGGAGCUGCACGGCGCGUCCGCCCCCGCCGUCACCACCAUCCCUGUCAUGAUCAAAACCGAGCCCACGAGCCCCACUCCCUCGGCCUUCAAAGGCCCGUCUCACUCGGCGAAUCCCCCCCACGGCACUUUAGGUUUGGGGGCGCUGGGCCGCGCGUACACGUCCGCGUCGGUGCCCAUCACUCUGUCUACUUGCCUUAACCCCGCCCUGUCGGGCCUCCCCAGCUUGCCCGCCCCCCUGAACGUGUCCAACCCGCUCUCGUCCAUCGCUCUCCCGCCGCACGCUUCCUCCGCGCCCAUCACUCCGGUGUUCACGGCUCUUCCUCCGUUCACGUCUCUGACCAGUAAUUUCCCCCUAACUGGCAACCCGUCUCUCAACCCCUCCGUGUCUCUUCCAGGGUCGUUACUAGCCACCUCGUCUGCGGCGGUCACGUCCACGCCCGUGCCCGCCGCCAGCUCCACCGCAGCCGUGCUCCCGGGGCUUGCGGCCUCGGCGCCGGCCUCGGCGGCCCCUUUCCCCCUUAACCUGUCCACCGCCGUCCCCUCCCUCUUCUCGGUCACGCAGGGACCUCUGCCGGCCUCAAACCCCUCGUACCCCGGCUUCUCAGUCUCCAACACCCCCAGCGUCGCCCCCGCGCUCCCCUCGUUCCCGGGGCUGCAGGCGCCGUCCACGGUGGCCGCCGUCGCCCCGCUGCCCGUCGCUGCCACGACCCCGUCCCCGGCUCCCGUCCUCCCGGGAUUCGCCUCGGCGUUUAGCUCCAAUUUCAACUCUGCUCUCGUUGCCCAGGCCGGCCUGUCAUCCGGCCUUCAAGCUGCAGGCAGUUCUGUUUUCCCAGGCCUGCUGUCCCUCCCAGGUAUCCCCGGGUUCUCCCAGAAUCCUUCCCAGUCAUCCUUGCAGGAAUUACAGCAUAAUGCAGCUGCACAGUCUGCCUUGUUACAGCAGGUCCAUUCAGCUUCGGCUCUGGAAAGCUAUUCAGCUCAGCCAGAUGGAUUUCCUAGUUAUCCUUCGACACCAGGAACACCAUUCUCUUUACAACCAGGCUUGUCCCAAAGUGGGUGGCAGUGA